AUGGCCGAUACACUUGUCUCUGAACACCCCGAUCUAUCUGGCUUUCCUGGCUCUCCUGGCCAGAAACGAAAGCGCGAAUUAGAAAGUCCCAAUCUCGGGCGCACAAAGCGUGCCGCUCCUCCAGCAGCCAUGUCAGCGUCGCCGGCGGACACGGCCGCCUUCAUCGAGAAUGCCAUUGAGGCCUCGCAAGCGGCGGCUGUGAGCGGUGUUAAUGUUGCCGAUUUCAACGCCCUCCAGCAAGCUGCCGCUGCAGAUCACACCGAUGCCUCGGACCCUUCCAAUGCUACCAGCACUGCGCAGGCUGCUCUGGGCAUGUACCCGACCCUCCAUGUCCCUUCAUCAACCGAGGAGCAGUUUUCUGCACAGGGACCUGUUGAUCCUGACCACGGCCACGAAAAUGCAUUCAAGCACGAUACCCCUUUCACAGACGUGACACAACAGCCCGACCCCAUGAUGGACCCUACGGUCAACCAAAACCAGCCUCCUCCUCCCCCGAACGGCGUUCAAUCUCACCCUCCUCCACCACAGCACAGAUACGCAGUGCCACCGCCUCCCCCCAACCCGAAGCCGAGUGUUGGUUCAGAAGAGUGGCACAAGAUGCGGAAGGAUAAUCACAAAGAAGUGGAGCGCCGACGCCGCGAGACUAUCAACGAAGGCAUUAACGAGCUGGCCAAGAUUGUCCCGGGCUGCGAGAAGAACAAGGGAUCGAUUUUGCAGCGGGCUGUUAGUUUCAUCACCCAGCUCAAAGAGAACGAGCAGCAAAACAUUGAAAAGUGGACGUUGGAAAAGCUGCUCACAGAGCAAGCCAUAACAGAGCUUAGUGCAUCCAACGACAAGCUUAAGCAGGAGUGUGAGCGGCUGUACCGAGAACUGGAGACGUGGAAGCGCGUUGCACAGCAGGCUGGUCUGGAGCCCCCAGCCGCUCCCAAGGAAGAGCCCAAUACCGGCAUGCCGUCGAGUUAG